AUACCAUACCACACCACAUAUGGAUCGAUUCUUAAGAACAGCCCCCAACCUUCACGCCUUUCACAUCCUCACUUCAUUCUUUGCUCCUCACUCUCCCCAUUGCUCCUCCCAUGUCUGGUUUCUACGCCGGGUCUUACGCCCGCAGCGAACUCUACACCUCCGACGAGCAGCAGCAUCGACCUCCUCCAGCAGCACAUGAAUCGACAACCGCCAAAACAUGCCGUGUUUGUGGAGACGAGAUCGAGGUGCUAGAAAGUGGUGAGGUGUUUGUGGCUUGCCACGAGUGCGGAUUUCCAGUUUGCAGGCCUUGCUACGAGUAUGAGAGGAGCGAAGGCCACCAGACCUGUCCGCAGUGCCACGCUCGCUACAAGCGCCACAAAGGUUCUCCUCGGGUUGAAGGAGAUGAUGAGGAUCAACACUACGAAGAUGACUUCGAGGAUGAGUUCCAGCUGAAGAAUCGCCGUAUCCUUACCCCGCCUCCUCAUGAACCUCGUCAUUUGGAACACGAAGACUAUAACACUGAUCCUCAACACCACAUCAAUGGCGGCGCCAGCACGCCUCCUGUCGCUGGAAGUGUUGCAGGCAAAGAUUUCGAAGCCGAGAAGGAGACCUACAGCAACGAGGAAUGGAAGGAACGAAUGGAGAAGUGGAAGAGCAGGCAGGAGAAACGAGGCCUCAUUACCAAAUCAGAUGGAGGAGGAGGACAUGAGAAAGACGACGACGACGACGAUUUCCUCAUCGCCGAAGCGCGACAACCUCUAUGGCGGAAAGUUCCAAUCCCUUCGCGUCUCAUAAACCCUUACCGCAUCGUCAUCGUCAUUCGGUUCAUCGUCCUCUGCUUCUUCUUCCACUUCCGAAUCCUAGCCCCCGCGUACGACGCUUAUCCUCUAUGGAUCAUAUCCGUCAUCUGCGAGAUCUGGUUCGGACUCUCCUGGAUUCUCGAUCAAUUCCCCAAAUGGCUACCAAUCACUCGCGAAACCUACCUCGAUCGCCUCUCCUUGAGGUUCGAGCGUGACGGAGAAUCAAACCAGUUAGCGCCAAUCGAUUUCUUCGUGAGCACUGUGGAUCCCCUCAAGGAACCUCCGAUAAUCACAGCCAACACAGUUCUCUCAAUCCUCGCCGUCGAUUAUCCAGUGGACAAGGUCAGUUGCUAUGUCUCCGACGACGGCGCCUCCAUGCUUCUGUUCGAUACAUUGUCGGAGACGGCAGAGUUUGCCCGGCGGUGGGUGCCGUUCUGCAAAAAGUACAGCGUUGAGCCUCGUGCGCCGGAAUUCUACUUCUCGGAGAAGAUCGAUUACCUCAAAGAUAAAGUGCAGCCUACAUUCGUCAAGGAUAGAAGAGCAAUGAAGAGAGAAUAUGAAGAAUUCAAAGUGAGGAUAAAUGCUUUAGUUGCCAAAGCUCAGAAGAAGCCUGAAGAAGGAUGGAUUAUGCAGGACGGAACUCCAUGGCCAGGCAACAACACCCGCGAUCACCCCGGCAUGAUUCAGGUGUAUUUGGGGAGUGAAGGUGCACUGGAUGUUGAAGGUAAGGAGUUACCGCGGUUAGUGUACGUCUCUCGUGAGAAACGACCCGGCUAUCAGCACCACAAGAAAGCCGGCGCCAUGAAUUCACUGGUUAGAGUUUCUGCUGUUCUUACCAAUGCACCAUUCAUAUUGAAUCUGGAUUGUGAUCAUUACCUCAACAACAGCAAGGCUGUUAGAGAAGCUAUGUGCUUCCUCAUGGAUCCCCAGAUAGGGAAGAAGCUCUGUUAUGUUCAGUUUCCACAGAGAUUCGACGGGAUCGAUCGCCACGACAGAUACGCUAAUCGAAACGUCGUGUUCUUCGACAUCAACAUGAAAGGCCUGGAUGGUAUUCAAGGCCCUGUCUAUGUCGGCACCGGUUGUGUAUUCAACAGGCAGGCAUUAUACGGCUAUGAUCCACCCGCAUCGGAGAAACGGCCUAAAAUGACCUGCGACUGCUGGCCCAAGUGGUGCUGCUGCUGCUGCUGCGGCGGGAAAAAAAAGUCGAAGAAGGCGAAGAAGAAAGGACUCAAGUCUUUACUCGGGCUCGGAGGAUUAUACGGCAAGAAGAAGAAAAUGAUGGGCAAGCAGUACACCAGGAAAACCUCCGGCCCAGCUUUCGAUCUUGAGGAAAUCGAAGAGGGCCUCGAAGGAUACGACGAGCUGGAAAAAUCGUCCCUCAUGUCUCAAAAGAAUUUCGAGAAAAGAUUCGGGAUGUCGCCCGUUUUCAUCGCGUCGACUCUCAAGGAAGACGGCGGUCUACCCGAAGGCACUAAUCCAACAUCGCUCAUCAAAGAAGCCAUUCAUGUCAUCAGCUGUGGCUAUGAAGAAAAAACAGAAUGGGGCAGAGAGAUUGGAUGGAUCUACGGAUCAGUCACCGAAGACAUUUUAACAGGCUUCAAGAUGCAUUGUCGAGGAUGGAGAUCUGUCUACUGCACACCGAAAAGAGCUGCUUUCAAAGGAUCAGCUCCGAUCAAUCUAUCCGACAGGUUGCACCAAGUUCUGCGAUGGGCUCUUGGCUCUGUCGAAAUCUUCCUCAGUCGACACUGCCCCCUCUGGUACGCCUACGGCGGAAAGCUCAAAUGGCUCGAACGACUGGCUUAUAUCAACACCGUCGUCUACCCCUUCACCUCCAUCGCACUUCUCGCCUACUGCAUGCUCCCAGCCGUCUGUCUCCUCACCGGAAAGUUCAUCGUCCCGUCACUGAAUAACCUUGCGAGCAUAUGGUUCAUGGCCCUGUUCCUCUCCAUUAUAGCCACCGGAGUUCUCGAGCUCCGGUGGAGCGGCGUCAGCAUCGAGGACUGGUGGCGCAACGAGCAAUUCUGGGUGAUCGGCGGCGUCUCCGCGCAUCUUUUCGCGGUUUUUCAAGGCCUUCUAAAAGUGCUCGGUGGUGUCGACACAAACUUCACCGUUACGGCGAAAGCAGCAGACGACGCCGAGUUUGGGGAGCUCUACCUAUUCAAAUGGACGACGCUGCUGAUUCCUCCGACAACGUUGAUCAUACUCAACAUGGUCGGCGUUGUCGCCGGCGUUGCCGACGCUAUCAAUAACGGGUACGGGUCAUGGGGGCCGCUAUUCGGUAAGCUGUUUUUUGCAUUUUGGGUUAUUGUUCAUCUCUAUCCUUUUCUUAAGGGGCUUAUGGGAAGGCAAAAUAGGACUCCUACCAUUGUUGUUCUUUGGUCUAUUCUUUUGGCUUCUAUCUUUUCGCUGGUUUGGGUUAGAAUUGAUCCUUUCUUGCCUAAACAGACUGGCCCUAUUCUCAAACAAUGUGGUGUGGAGUGUUGAUCAUAUAUCCACUCUUACCUAUUCUUGUUCUUGGCAUCCUAAGCAUUUUCCCUUUCCCCCAUUUUGGCUAAGUACACUUCUUGUGUGGUAGUGUGAUGUGCAAAGAGAUUUUUUCUUUUUUUUGAAGUUUUGAGAAAAGAGUAGGGAAACUUUUAAGUGUUGGUAUGUAUGCAAGUAUGUAUGAGAAUAAGAUUCAAUUGCAAUUCAGUUCUUGGUAGUAGGGUUGUACACAAA